AUGGCGUGGAAGCUUAUAUGUGGCAAGGGUUUCGGGUUUUCGAUUCUGCAGGAUCGAUACUUGGACAAAUUCAGCCAAGUGAGAUGUGAUUCGAUCUCUUCGUCCGUUUGGCUUGGUCUCAAGGAAGAAGUAAGUGAUUUGGUGGAGAAUUCCUAUAGCUAUACUGGUGACGGCACGGGCACGAAUUUCUGGUGCGAUGAUUGGCUGGGUUAUAGAAUCUCUGAGAAAUGCAGGGUUCCUCAUUAUGUCUUAGAUUUGCUAAGACAUUCUGUUGCUGAUUACUUCUAUGAUGGGGUGUGGCAUUUCACCCAAGAUUUUAUUAAUGCUUUCCCUGAGAUUGUUGGUGAUAUUUUGGUGCUUCCUAUUGGAGAGGAGUCUGACACUCGUUUCUGGAAACCUUCUAUUCAUGGCACGGUCACUGCUGCUCUUGCGUUUACUAAUCAUUGUCAUCGUUUUCCUCGCGUUAGCUGGGGUUCUUGGAUUUGGAAGCCUUAUAUUCCAGGUAGACGCUCCUUAGUCUGA